GGCUAAGAUGCUGGGUAGAAAUCUCUGCGGCCUCCUCAGGUUCAGUCAUAGAGCUACUUCGUGCUGUUCCUCAUCUGUGUGUGUGACGAUGCUGCGUCGGCUGGCAUUGCUGUUUAUGCUGGAGCUGACGGCCUGGGAUGUGGCGUCAGACGGUGAGCCACCGGUGCAGAAGUGCUGCGGCCAGCAGCAGGUCCUGGACGCCGGACACGUGUGUCGCAGACGUCAGCUGGGACGACGGAGGCGACCCCUGGUGGUGGCUUCCCAAGAACUCUGUCAGUCUCAACCACUCGCCGACUGAUACGGAAGCUGUGACGCAGGCACUGUCCAGCUUGAGAGCAGUGUACAACACGACGGCACCCUGUGGCCAAGAGUCGCGCCUUGAGCUGGUCAACUUGCCGGGAGAAGACAUGGACGAGUUCCGCUUGCACAUUGGACGUCAACAAGUACACCUGGAGUUGCUGGUGUCGGACUUGUCCCCAGAGGGCGCGCUAUUGCCGGCGCACUCCUUCUGUGUGGACGGCGUGCGCGUGGGCAGCGAGCUGCUGCUCGUCGCCUUCGCCUGCGUCUGCACAGGGCCGGCGCCAUGUGUGCGCAAGUGUUGCAGGGACUACCAGGCCUACGACCUCACCGGCGGCGGCGGCUGCGUCUUCGUCACGGAAGAGGAAGAGUACCGCGACCCCAGUACCGGUCACCGGCGGCCAGCGCCAAUGGAUCCUGAGGCGAGUAGAUCGUACUUCCUGCUACGCAACCGCAAGCCCAACUGCACCGUGCGGUCACACCGUCUGCAGGGCAACACGGACGACUUCCGUCUCCGGGAAGACGGACAUCUCCUGGUACCUGGUGGGGCGUGGCUACCGCCGGAGGAGUUUUGUGGAGACCAUGUGCUAGGCAAUGCCUCUAUUACCGUGGUUUUGACGUGCCUGCAAUCAGCCAGCGCACCGUAGGUACAU